UUCUUGGCUCAAAGACCCGAGCAUUUGGAGAACUCGAAGUUUUGGGAUGUUUCUUUUGGCCGUCACAAUUGGCUCGGCGAACGAUCGCAUAGAUUGGGAACCAAGCGAGGGGCAAGAAAGAAACCACUCGAGAGUCUACGUCGUCGCUCCUUCCCCUCCCUUCUUCGUCUUCCAAUUGGAGCAGAGGCCGAUGCAGAAGCGAGAGUAGGAAAGACCGCAUCUUCGAGUACCGAAGGGAGAGAGCCAUCUCGAUCGCUUCAGACCGUCGCCGGGUUGCUUCGGCCCUUUAAGUCGUGUUUGGGGGCGAGCGGGGAAAUUUGGUUUCUUGGUCGAAUUGGGUUUUGCAGUUGAUUUUGUCGCUGGGGCGGUGUUGUUUGAUUGCAGCGGAGAUGGCAGUCUAACUAAUCGAGAUAAGCUGCAUCCCGAAACGGUGAAAGAAAAAAGUCAUCUUUGUCCUGAAUAUGGAACUGGCAUAGGAACAUAUCAAAAAUUGCCCCAUUUUGUUAUCUAAUGGAAGAUGGGGAAGGGAGGAAUAUGAGGCUGUAAAUAGCAUCGACCAGCCAAGAAACUUAUUGUUCAUAACAGAUUCAACCCUGGGAGACAUUUUUAAGGCAUCGAAGUCUGUAUUAUUCUUUGACUUAAUAGCCAGUGUUCAAGCAUGAUUAAGCAGAUACUAAAUCGUCUCCCUCGAAAGCCAUCAAAGUCGUCAGAUAGUCGAGAUUCAGUUGGUGGGUCAGUGCCUCCGUCGUCAUCUUCAAGCAGCUCAAGAAGUGGGGACUUGCAAACCAGUAAGAUCACAAACCCAAGCAGUCAGGUCCCUCCUGGAUUGAGUCCUGGGUUAAAUAAUCUAAACAAAUAUGCUCCACCUGUUAAUUUGAAGCUUAAUGGAAAUUGUGUAAUCCCUGUCUACGAAGCAUUGCCGAGCUUUAAGGAUGUCCCUAAUUCUGAGAAGCAGAUCUUGUUCAUGCGAAAGUUGGACUUAUGCUCUGUCGUGUUUGACUUUACUGACCCAUCAAAGAACUUGAAAGAGAAAGACAUAAAGCGACAGACGCUGUUAGAGCUUGUUGACUAUGUGAGUUCAGCAAGUGGGAAGUUUCCAGAGACUGUCAUGCAAGAGACAACCAAGAUGGUGUCCAUCAACUUGUUUAGGAAUCUAACUAUUCCACCUCGAGAACACAUGGUUUUGGAAAAAAUUGAUGCAGAAGAGGAGGAACCUGUAAUGGACCCUGCAUGGACACACUUACAGAUUGUCUAUGAGUUAUUUCUACGGUUUGUUGCAUCUCCAGAGACCGAUGCUAAGUUAGCAAAAAGAUAUAUAGAUCACUCCUUUGUUCUUAAGCUCCUUGAUCUCUUUGAUUCUGAAGACCCCAGAGAGAGGGACUACCUAAAGACGAUACUUCACCGUGUUUAUGGUAAAUUUAUGGUGCACCGUCCAUUUAUCAGAAAGGCUAUUAACAACAUCUUUUAUCGGUUUAUCUUCGAAACAGAAAAGCACAAUGGAAUUGCAGAGCUUUUGGAGAUUUUAGGAAGUAUAAUCAGUGGAUUUGCUUUGCCUUUAAAGGAAGAGCAUAAAUUGUUCCUUGUGCGUGCACUAAUCCCACUUCACAAGCCAAGGUGCAUUGGUAUGUACCAUCAGCAGUUAUCAUAUUCCAUAACUCAAUUUAUUGAAAAGGAUUGCAAACUUGUGGAUACUGUUAUAAGGGGCUUGCUGAAGUACUGGCCUGUUACAAAUAGUUCAAAGGAAGUCAUGUUCUUGGGGGAGUUAGAAGAGGUCCUAGAAGCAACUCAGCCUGCAGAUUUUCAGAGGUGUAUGGUUCCAUUAUUCCGCCAGAUUGCUCGAUGUUUGAACAGUUCUCACUUUCAGGUAGCAGAAAGAGCAUUGUUCCUUUGGAACAACGAUCAUAUUGAAAACCUGAUCAAACAAAAUAAUAAGGUAAUACUACCAAUCAUCUUUCCAGCAUUGGAAAGAAACACAAGGAGCCACUGGAACCAAGCUGUUCAGAGCCUCACACUCAAUGUCCGGAAGAUUUUCUCUGAUCAUGAUCCUGAACUGGUUGCGGAGUGCUUGAAGAAGUUUGAGGAAGAUGAAGCUAAAGACAAGCAAUACAUAAUGAAACGUGAAGCCACAUGGAAGCGCCUUGAAGAAAUUGCUGCUUCAAAAGCUGUAAGCAGGGACAGUGUGAUCAUUCCCCGUACUCUACCACAUCAAGUUUCCUCCAGUUAAUGCCAUUUCCAUGUGAUAGCUCAAUAUACUCGAUGUCCUUGAGGAUCCAGAAGUUAUUACUGCACGAUAAAGAAAAAAAAGAAGAUGCUGCAGCAAGAAUGACCAAAAAGUAGAAUGUGGGUGUUCAGUCUCACUACUCCAGGAAGACCACGCGACUGAUGAUUUAUGAUGUUUUUUGUUGACGGUCCAAAGAGUGAUGUUGGAAUUUGCAGGCAACUGUUUUACCCAUUUGUGUUUUGUGAAUUGGUCAUGACUUGGUAUUUUUAUUAAACCAGUCCUUAUUUCUUUGUAAAUGGGACCUGAUCAAGGUGUUGGAUGAAUGAAUUGAUACCUUGUUAUGUUCU